AUGCGUGGCCAGGUUUCCACCGCUGCCGCUCUAUCGGCAUUGUUUGCCACUGGAGGGGCCGGGCCCUUGAAAGACGUCAAGCAUGUCGUCAUGUUCAUGCAGGAAAAUCGAGCCUUUGAUCAUUACUAUGGGACCAUGGCUGGUGUCCGCGGCUUCAUGGAUGCCAAUCUUCAGGUUAACCCUGAUGGCCGUACGGUGUUCCAGCAACUUGUACCAGAUUACUUUGUCAACAAGACGGGUGACAUAAUCUAUACCAACAGCACGCCAGAGGCUGACCGUCAGCUGAGCAUGUGGUACCUUCCGUACAAGGGAGGUGAUUGGGUUGAUGUGAUGCAAUGCAGUGGCGCCGGCUCUAACAGCUGGCAAGCUAACCAUGCCACUCUCAACAAUGGACUAAACAACUUGUGGGCAACCAACAACACUUGGAUGAGUUGGGCAUACCUGAAGAGGAGCGAUAUCCCCUUCCAAUUUGCUCUGUCCGAGUCAUACACCCUCUGUGAUAUGUACCAGGAGGGCGUCAUCGGUGCCACUGAACCUAAUCGUGUCCAAUGGAUGACCGGCACGAUCAACGCCCCUGGCGGACCGACCACUCCCGAUCAAGGUGGUACUGUGCUGGAUAACAACGGCACUCCGGGAUGUGAAGUCGGCCCUGGUCUGGGGUGCUACCCUUUCUCGUGGAAGACCUUUCCCGAAUACCUCGAGGAAGCCGGUGUAUCCUGGCAAGUGUACCAGGAUAGAGACAAUUACGGAGAUGAUGUUCUGGCGGAUUUUACCCAGUACAUGAAUGCUGGCCCUGACAGCAACCUGACCAUCAAGGGUAAUUCUUACCCUGGCCUACAGAAAUUCUAUGAUGACGCUAUGAACGGCGAUCUGCCCCUUGUUUCGUGGAUCAUUGGUCCCGCUGCCUUGUCCGAGCACAACCCAUACAUGCCCAAGGAUGGUGCCUGGUUGCAGCAGCAGGUGGUCAACGCUGUCACCCGCGGGGAGUCGGCUAACGAUACCGUUUUGUUCAUCAUGUACGAUGAAACUGGUGGCUGGGGAGACCACGUCAUCCCGUUUCACAGCCCUGAGGGUACCGCUGCUGAAUGGAUGAACGAUCCAUUCGGCAACUCUGGUUACGUCUACACUGGACCUGGUUUGUUGAUGGCUUCCUGUCACCGAUAUGGCCUCGCUCUAACCCCUAGGCUCUUUCAAGGCUUCCGCGUUCCUAUGCACAUCAUCUCUCCCUGGACUCGGGGCCAGAAAGUGUUCACCGAGCACGUUGACCAUGUCAGCCAGCUUUUGUUCGUUGAGGAGUGGCUCAAGGAAUUCGGCUUUGACAUUCGCACCAAGGAGAUGCCUCCUUGGCGUCGCGAGCACAUGGCCAACUUUGUCCACGCAUUUGACUUUGAGCACCCCGACUACUCUAUACCCGCCCUUCCAAUCAUGCCCAAGCCUUCCCAGGACAAGGAUGGUAAAUGGGACGGCAUGGAGCGAUGCAUGGACGUCUUCGGCUUCGACCCGAAGCCUAUGCCUCCUUAUGGAAAAGAGAACGCCCAUAUGGACAUGUCUACGCUUGUUGAAGAAGGCUUCAAAGAGGUUCUAGGCUACUUGACGGAGGGCCGCUGGCUCGUCUUUGAGCAAGACGGGUUCGCCAUCACCAACCCAGGAAAUGACGCCCGCGAUAUCGUGCUCACUGCCGCCACAGCCAAGCAUGAGUCGAAGACGCAGCGCUGGGUCAUCCACGCCAAGGGCGGCGCGCCCGUUGACGGCGGCAAGGGGAGCGAGGGCACUUACCACCUCAACAGCGCGGUCGACGGCAAGUGGAUGUCUAGCCACACUUCGCUAGACAAGUCGGAGAGGGGUGCCCAGCUGUACACCAUCAAGUACAUGGGCAACGGUAACGGCUAUUCGCUGCAGAAGGAGAACGGAAAGUACCUUGGCGUCAGGAACGGCCAGAUUUACAUCUCGAGCCAAGAAAGUGCAUGGAAGGUGUAUAGUUCCACCGAUCCGAUUGUGGAUCAGUGUGAAGCCGUCUGA